GUCACGUUUGCCCAUCGGGCACUAGCAAUCUCGAGCCUUGAGAAUCAAGGCUUUUGUUCCACUGAUAACACUAUGACUAACAUCCAUGAGAUCCAAAAAAACAAAGCCCUUGGUGGUUUUAUGAUCAAGUACAACCUCGAGGCUAAAGCUCUGGGAGGACUUCAGAGCAGCUUCAACAUAUUUGUCCCUGGAAGUCUUGGGCAGCAUAAAGCGCCGAUCCUCUACUAUCUUGCCGGUCUAACUUGUACAGAGGACACCGCACCAUGGAAGGCUGGGUUUUUGAGAGAUGCAGCCCAAGAGAGAGUAGCAUUAGUUUUCCCUGACACGUCUCCCCGCGGCGCUGCAGUGCGGGGAGAAGACGAUAGUUGGGAUUUUGGAACUGGAGCUGGCUUCUACCUUAACGCGACACUAGACCCCUGGUCUAAGUAUUACAACAUGUAUGACUUCGUCAUUAAUGAGCUCCCCCAAGCCCUGAAAACCCUCGACCUUCCCCUCGACUUCACCCGCGAAUCCAUUUUCGGCCACUCAAUGGGGGGGCACGGUGCUAUCAGCCUAUACCUCCGCAAUCCACACCGAUUCAGGUCAGCCUCGGGCUUCGCACCCGUUCUAAAUCCUACUCGAAGCGCGUGGGGCCAGAAAGCCUUCAAGGGAUAUCUCAAAGGAGGCUUAGACGAAGGGAAGGAGUGGGAUUCAACUGUGAUCCUGUCCAAAAUGAGCCCACAGACGCAUCGAGAACUUAACAUUUUAAUUGACUACGGCGAUGAGGAUCAAUUUUACAAGGACAGACAGCUUCUCCCAGAAUCUUUUGCUGAGACCGCAGAGGAGGCUGGCAUCUUAGGAUCCCGUAUCAGUGUUCGCCGGCAAUCAGGCUACGAUCACAGCUACUAUUUCAUCUCCACCUUCGGCCCGGAGCAUAUCGAAUUCCACAGCAAGUUUCUCAAUGCCUGACACUUGCCACGUUUUCCUAUACGAAUUAUAUUAUUUGCCGGACCGCGAUAUACUGCUGAGUGAAAGGUAAAGUAAAUUUCACAAAAGGGCAGUGCGAGUAAUUCGGUGAUCAUGGGUAAGACGGCAAUACAAAGAUUCUAGCUUUCUGUGGUGGCGUUGAAGGGCUCCAGAAUGUGUUUUGCGUAUCGAUGCUUGAGAGACCCCAGAUUAUCGGGGCUGGAGAUCCACGGCGAAUUAAGGGCCCGUUCGAUCGUAAGACGCUUCAUAGGAUUUCUACAAAGAAGACCAAGAACGAGUUUUCGGACUAACCCAGUGGUUGAAUAUCAGUGAGAGAGUCGCAACGACGUGAAGACGAUAUGAGUGCGCUGGACGCGAAAUCCCUACCGUCAGGCAGUUCCGGCCAUCUUCCUUCUCCGAGUUCGAU